ACUGCAUGAUCGACACUCGAAUCGUCGAUUGCUUUUUGCUUCCGUUCUUUCUUCAGCUUCAGUCGUGACAACACACCCAGAAUUGCUGAAAACUGUGAGAUCAUGUCCGCAGUCCGUCUGUUCUCUGCGGGUUCAAAUGCCCGAGGACAACUGGCAACAGGUGACUGCGAAGAUGUCCAUACGUUUACAGCAUGCUCUUUCAUAGAUUGUCCUCCCGGAGAUUUACCAUCCGAUACCCGGAAAGUCUUGCAGAUUUAUUGCGGUGCCAACCAUACUAUUGCGCUACUGGAACGUGUCAAUAAGUCUGGCGAUGUUACCAGAGAACUGUGGGGAUGCGGAGACGGGUCCAAAGGGCAAUUGGGCCCGCUUCAUGAACUUAUCAACGGUUCCACAUCUCAAUUCAGACCUCUUCAUCUACAGUUUCCACCGGGUAACUAUACUCUGAAGUUGAUCGCCGCUGGGUGGGAAACUUCCUAUGUCGUAUUGUCAAGCCCUCAACAGCACGAUGUCUUGGUGUCCUUUGGAGCUGAUGUCUUCGGAGACCUCGGUACCGGACAGAGGAAAGACAAGGCACCAGGCCAAGCGCACGUCGUGGAGUUUGACUUGAUCGACUGCGUCGAAACCAGCCAACCUUAUACACUUAGCAUAGAUUCUCUGGCUGCCAGCACCAAUCACGUCGUGGCUGUGGUGAACGUAACUCAAGCCAAGUCAGUUCACAGCAUCGUGUUUGGUUGGGGAGCUUCAAGGCCUGGGCAGUUAGGUAACACUGUUAAAGGGGGGCGCCCUGUACCCUUUUUCACCAUUCCUCACAAGGUGUUCCAGGCAUCGGAAAACACGAGAAUUACUGCUGCUGCUGUCGGUGCUCAGCACACUGUACUGCUGAAAUCAUCCUCACACGUCUUGGGCGUUGGUUCGAACCGAAAGGGCCAGCUUACAGGCAUCCAGGACUUGCAUGACGUUACCGCCAUCGAAUGCACGUGGAAUGGCACGUACGCCAUUGUAUUUCGUAACGAGCAGGCCCUCGUAUUAGCCACUGGCGACAACAACAAAGGUCAGCUAGGAUUCCAUCAGUCUACCACGGCGGACGUUGCAACCCAGUCAUUUCCCAGGCCCAUCCAGUUCCCUUUCAGUUCACAAACACACAAGCUACAGAAGUUGGCAUGUGGCAGCGAGCACGUUUUAUGCUUGCUCUCCGUGAAAGGUUCCGAAGAAAGCUCUAGUCUCCGAUCUGAAGUCUGGGGCUGGGGUUGGAACGAACAUGGAAACUUAGGACUUGACCAUACUUCUGAUAUCCACAACCCCACCAAAAUCUGGCCAAUAUCAGAUGAGCAGGCAAAUUUACAAGUAGCGGACGUCUGGGCAGGCUGUGGGACCAGCUGGAUUCUCUGUGCUGGUUGAGAAUCUGGUUUAUAUACCAAUUCCUAUUGUUAGGCUGUACAAAAACUGCGGCGUCAAGGUCCCAAAUAGCGAUACAGAAAUGUGUGCAAGUGAUCCGCUUGGAUGGCCUUGCAGGGUACAUCGAGGGGAGACAUCCUAUCGCGCUGUGGGAAAAGCUAGAUUGCAGAACGCUGGAACGAGAGAAGGAGCGAAGCACCAAGUACUACGUCGGCGGAGAAACGAGCACGCAGUUCGGGAGGAAUUCGGAUAUCCCUACGCGCAGAUGCGAUCGAGGUCUUGACAGGGAGGUCGUCAUCCGUAGUUACGAUGUCAACUUCAUCGUCGGUCGUAUCUCCUCCAAAGGAGCUGGCCCUCUGGCUAUCGAUAUCGAUGAGACCUCGUUUCUCAUUGCGGUCGCAGGUCCAGUCUGGUGUUUGGAUCUUCAUCCCUCCUAGACUCCGUGUUUCGCUUGUGGAUAGGUUGUUGAAUUCAUGGACAGACCCGGUCAUGGGCUGUACAUGGUUCCAUGCCUUUCGAGCCACAUCAUGAGAGACUUCGAAUGUUUCAAUAUGUACGGCCGGUGUUUUCGUCUGGUUGUUGGUCGCGAGUGGCACAGAAGCAAGCGGUCGCCGUGGAAUCAGGUUUGCCUCACGAUGAGUCGGUUGCACGGGCCUGGCCUUCGUUUCCGUAUCAGAAGCUUUCUUAGCCAGUUGACGUCGAUUCUGGAACCAUACUGUCACGGUUCUCGCGUCCCUAAACACAUUACGAUGAGGACCACCAGAACGCAUAUACAGAACGAGAAACCUACAUUCCGACUUCGUCUCCUAGGGCCUCUUUCUCUUGGCGUGUUGGAUGUGUCGCAUAUUGGUAUAGCGCUUCCAGGCGUUCAAGCUGGUGGUCGGUCAUACGGUGACGGGUUUUCUUUCUGCUCGGUUGUGGGGUAUCGUCUUGAUAUACUUGAAAGGACGCCUCGGCACGGGGUCGCUUUGUCGUGACGGUGGAGAUAUCAUGAAGAGCACUCUCUUCGGCGGCGUAGCGGGAUCGCGUUGAGCGUGGUUGGGGUCGCAUGUUGAAGACGGUUGUUUGCCUAACGAGUGUGCGGAUUCAAGAAAAGAGGAGAGAUUAUACUACUAUACUAUCGUUUAAAGGACGUUAUAUGUUUCCCGCCGUGCUUGAAACCGUCGGCAGCGCAGCUUGAGGUUGGAAACCAACUUGGUGGCUGACGACGAAGGGCGUGCUCCUGCAAAUGGUUCACUUCAACAUUGGACGGAGUACAAAACGUGGCACCGUGACCGGUCCAAAUCCAAAUCCACCGCGUCGCAUCUUGCAUCUUGCUUCGAGUUCGACCCCGCUUCUGUCAGGUUCUAUCCAGGCGGAAUGAAUGUGAAUUUCACCGCCAUGCCUACAAUACAGACUAAUGGCACAACAUCAAGAGUCCUUGAAUACAAGCAAAGUCAUUGCAGCUUCCACCUGUUCCGCAGGUAGAGGAGAAUUAUUCUCCUUGCUCCUCAACCUCCCAUAAUGCCGCGUAGGCGUAACGAGAACGGACGGUAGUUCGACACUGGUGUUGGGCGUGAUUGCUUCAUCCAAGUCAACGUCAGUAUCAUGCCCGUCGUCCAGAACCAUCUCCUCCAUUUUCACUAUCGUGGACGUAUGCGUUGCUCGGGGCGGGUCAUAGUCAGUGACGGGAACGUCAAAGUCAUCGUCGGAAUCGUGUUCCAUCAUCCCUUCCGCCCUCGCUUUGGCACAAGCCCACUCUAAUGACCGUAAAGUCUUAGACCCGGAGGGCAGCUUGGACAAGCGAGCACUCUCUGCCCCGGGGGACGAAGGAGGAGCUUGAGGCGAUGAAGGAAUAUGGUCCCAAAUGUCCGUGGCUGGUGGUAUUUGAUCGGUAUAUGCCCGGUUUGCCUUUGGAGUCAGAGGCGAUCGUGAUACUCGUGAAGAUAAGUCGCGGCGUUCGCGAGAGGCUGCGAUGCGAUCUAAGGAGAGGGAAGUGGCGAUCUUAGAGCCGGAAGGCUUCUUAUUCCUACGAGUACUUGUUGAAGCAUUUUCCGGCUUCCACGCCAGUGCUUGCUUCUUCGCACUCCUACGCCUGUUCUGGUACCAAACGUUGACUGAUUUCAACUCCCUAGUUAUGCGAAGUCAUUAGUAUGCAUUUGGAUGUAGUAUCAUGUAUCACUUACAAGCCAAGCUCUGCGGCAAUGGCCCCACGCUCCUCCUUUGAGGGAUGGCUCUUAGCCUCAAACAACGCCUGAAGGGCGGCGAUCUGUUCAGGCAACAGCCGUCGUCGCGUGAACGGGAUU